AAAAAGGGCAAAUGGGGGAGGGGCUCUUACCUCCUCCACGGUUGGCACUCAGCAGAGGAAGUGAAGUGGAGGGGGAGGGGAAGUCACAGGAGGAGAAAAGGAUUAUCGGUUUAUAUCGUCGUUGCAAUCAAUCCGUUCGUCUCAGACUCUGCCUUGCCGCAACGUUCACUCGCAAGGAUUGAAGUUAUAUCGUCAAUUGAUGGAAGGGUUUAAAAUUGGAGUUAUGUUAGGAUUAUUUAUUAUUAUGAUUCCAUCUUCCUAUGGAGUAUCUGUGUCAUGUAUGAUGACAUAUGAUGAAGGUGGGGUUUUUGCCGUGUUAGAGUCUCCUGAAUGUUCUGAGUGGGUUCUCUCUGCUGGAUCUCCUCAAAAUCAGACUGUGAAAUGCCAGUCUGCCACACUUCAGGGACAUAGAAAAUACCAAGAGGAUCGUAUUGUAUGCCAUCUUCAUAUGAAGAUACCACUUCUUGGCAAAAAUGGGCUUGAGGAGGUUACAGUUGGUGUUGUGGCAGUAUUUGAUGGUCAUGGAGGUAAUGAAGCGAGUGAGGUGGCUUCUAAACUUCUGUUGGAUUACUUUUACAUGCAUGCUGUAUUCAUCUCGUACAAGCUAACGAUGCAUUACAAGGGAGUUUUACCUGUAACUGAUGAUGAAAUAACGCAUUUGAAAAUAUUAAAAGAAGCACUGUUGAGGGCAAUCCAUGACAUUGAUCUCAAAUUUUCUCAGGCAACUUUUCAAAAGAAGCUUCUCUCAGGAUCCACAGCCACUGUAGCUCUUCUUGUUGAUAGGCAGAUUUUAAUUGCCAAUGUCGGUGACUCAAAGGCCCUUUUAUGCACAGAGAAGAUUGAAUCUGUGGCAGGUAAUUUGACAACCAGUCCUUCAGCUACUGAACUGACAGAGGAUCAUCAUCCAGAUAGAGAUGAUGAAAGAGCUCGAAUCGAAGCAGCUGGUGGUUACGUUGCUGUGUGGGGUGUGCCUCGAGUAAAUGGUGUGCUCGCUAUGUCUCGAUCCAUUGGUGAUGUGUAUCUAAAGAGAUUUGGUGUUAUACCUGUGCCUGAAGUGACCGGUUGGCAACCUCUAAAUGCUGAUAGUAGAUUUUUGGUGGUGUCAACUGAUGGUACUUUUGAGAGCUUGACAGCGCAAGAUGUGUGUGAUAUUAUGUAUGAUUCAGGUUCUUGCUCGGCCUCAUCCUCAUUGGCAGAAUGCAUAGUGAAUACAGCAUUUGAGAAAGCUUUCACGGCUGGUGGUCGUGGUCAGCGUGGACAGGUUUCGAAUGAGGAAGUCCCUUACCAUAAACACGAUGUACAAGACGUGACGAUUGAAGACUUGCAGAGGCAGGUUGCAAAGUUAACCCAUCGUCUAGUGGUGCAAAACUUGGAAAGGGGUUGCGAGUUGGAUGAUUACGAUUCAGAUUUCAGCUUUGAGAACCCGUAUCAUAGUCCUGUUCUAGGUCGGGAACACCGAUAUGAAGACUUAGGCUUCAAAGUUGAGCUUCCAGAAUUUUCUUGCACUCUACAAGCCAGAGGCUUCAUUGAUUGGCUACACGAAGUAGAACGAAACUUUGAUUAUAAGGAGGUUCCAGAUCGCAUGAAGGUGAAGCUUGUCGCCAUCAAGCUAAAGGGUCAUGCAUUCGCUUGGUGGGAGCAAUUGAAGCGAUUACGGGAUAGACGAGGCAAGCCAAAGAUUUGUGUGAUUAGGAGAAAAUGGAGAAGAAGAUGAAGGGGCACUUUUUACCCUUCGGAUACACGCAAACAUUGUUUCAACGGCUUCAUAUGCUAAGAUAAGGUGCGGAAUCUGUUGAUGAUUACGCUGAAGAGUUCUACCAAUUGGUUGCUUGAAACGACUUGUCAGAGAUCAAGGAGCAAUUGGUGGUGCGAUACUUGGGCUGUUUACGGCAGUACCUACAAGACGUCCUUAGUCUCCACUCCUUCUGGACGAUUUCUAAAGCCUACCACCAACGUGCCUUGACUGUAGAAAAGCAGCAAACCAGAAGCAAUACCAGAUCUACACCAAGAGGAGAUCAGAAUACACGAGGAGUCCGUCCUUAAGAACCUCGUCAUAAUCCUCAACCUAUGCAAGGCCAGAGUUCCAACUCCAACAUCUACUGUUUCAGAUGUGGGGAGUCCGGUCAUCGAGUGACAAAUUGUUGAAAGCCUACAAGCAAAACAGAUGGGCGCGAGACUCUUAUUGUCAGAAAAAGCUUGCUUGCUCUAAAAGAUGACUCCGAAGAAGAUUGGUUAAGAACCAAUAUUUUUCAUACCACAUGCACAAUCGCGGAACAGGUUUGCAAGGUUAUUAUUGACAGUGGUAGUUGCAAGAAUGUGGUGUCAGAGGAUGCAGUUAAGAAGCUUCAGUUGAAGAUUGAUCGCCAUCCAAAAGUCUUGGUUGAAAAAGGAAUGUGAGGCAAGCCUUGGCAGUAUGAUCAGGCGUUGUCCAUGAUGGGCGGCGAAAUAACUAUACUUUGAGCAUCAAGGGAAAAAAACGUGGUGUUAGCACCUCGACGAGGAGUCAUCCUUAUACCAGUAAUUGAGAAGGGCGUUAAUCACCUGUCAAUGUCUCAGUUCCUGGAAGAAAUAAAAGAAGAGGGCAUUGUGUACGCAUUGAUGACAUGUGAAAAGGUUUCCAGAGUAGAUAAUGAUGUGUCAAUGGAGUUACAAGAGGUGUUGACUGAGUUUGCUGAAUCGACUUUGUGUUGGGGUCAAGCUUGCCGAAUCAACCGGCUUAUCGCCUCAGUCUGAAGGAAUCUAAAGAGUUGCAACACCAAGUGAUAAAAUUGCUAAAAAGAUGUUACAUUCGAGAGAGCAUGAGCCCAUGUGCAGUUCCCGCUCUCUUAGUUUUGAAGAAGGAUGGAUCGUAGCACAUGUGUCAAUAGCAGAGCCAUCAAUCAAAUCAUGGUGAAGUAUAGAUUCCUGAUUCCUUGUUUAGACGACAUGCUAGAUAAGUUAGCAGUUUCUAAGGUUUUUUCCAAAAUUGACCUUACAAGUGGGUAUCACCAGAUCAGAAUAAGGCCUGGAGAAAAGUGGAAAACGGCAUUCAAAACGCAUCAUGGGUUGUAUGAGUAGAUCGUCAUGCCUUUUAGGCUAUCCAAUGCACUUAGCACGUUCAUGCGGUUCAUGCAUCAAGUGUUGCGGCCUUACAUGGGGAAGUUCGUUAUUGUGUACUUUGACUAUAUCCUCAUUUAUAGCCCCUCGCAUGAGACACACCUAAAACAUCUCAGAGAGGUUUUUGAGACACUACAAAAAGAGUGUUUAUAUGUCAAUCGGAAAAAGUGUUCAUUUCUUACUACUAACGUUACUUUUCUUGGUUUUCUUGUGUAUACUGAUGGUAUUCAUGCAUUCUAAAGUGACAACAAUUCUAGAGUGGCCAACACCAAGAGUAUACAUGAUGUCUGGAGUUUCCAAAGAUUGGUGUCAUUCUACCGACAGUUCAUCUGAAAUUUUAGUGCAUUGAUUGCACCAAUUACAGAGUGCUUAAAGGGUCAGAACUUCCAAUGGACUGAAGAAGCCGAUACAAGUUUUCAACUGGUGAAGUAGAAAAUGACAGAAGCACCUGUUCUCACACUCCUAGACUUCGAGAAGAUUUUCGAAGUCAACUGUGAUGCAUCUGGUGUUGGUGUUGACAGUUUCCUAAGCAAAGAGAGACGCCAGAUCGCUUUUUUCAGUGAGAAGUUGUCAAGGUCAAAGAAAAACUAUUCCACCUAUGAUUUGGAGUUCUACGCCAUUGUGCAGUCUUUGAAACACUGUCGUCACUACCUGGUGCAAAAAUAGUUCAUCCUUAUCACUAAUCAUGAGGCCCUCAAGUAUAUCAAUGGCCAACAGAAGCUCAACCGCAGACAUGCCAAAUGGGUUGCCUACCUUCAAGAAUUCACUUUUUCCUUACGACACCAAUCUGGGACCUUGAAUAAAGUUGCUGAUGUGGUGAUGACUUGAGUAGGCGGGCUGCACUUCUUACUACUAUUUACCAAAGUUGUGGGUUUUAACACUUUCCAAGAGUUGUGUACGGCAAAUCCUUCAUUCGGGAAGAUAUUUGCUGAGUUGUCUGUAAGUACGCACAGUGAUUAUGUUAUUCUUAAUUGUUAUC